AUGAAUACUGAAAACAGCAGUGGCAGUAACAGUAGCAGUAGCAGUAGCAUCAAUAACAGCAAUAACAAAAACUACCGCAACAACCACCGUAACCACAAGGCAGUGGUGGCAGUCAAGACAUUCCGAAAACGAGACCGAGAUGAGACCGAGCGAUCAUUUGAUAAACGACUGAUAAGCGAGUUCUGCAUCAGCAAAACACUUUCCCACAAACAUGUAGUAGAAGUUUAUGAUCUAUUAAAGGAUUCCAAGGGUCGCUGGUGCAGUGUGAUGGAAUAUUGUUCGGGAGGUGAUGUGUUUUCUGUCCUACAGAAUUUCAAUCUUCAGGACGAGGAAGUCGAUUGCCUUUUCAAACAGCUCUUGCUCGGACUCAAGCACGUCCACGAAUCUGGUGUAGCCCAUCGCGACAUCAAACCCGAGAACCUGAUCAUGACAGCCGACGGGGUGCUCAAGAUAGCCGAUUUCGGGGUUGCCGAUGUAGUCAAGUCCUGUUUCGACGACCAUGAGCGGACGUCGUUUGGACAGUGUGGGUCCGAGCCUUACUGGCCUCCAGAGGUUCUCCAGCUCAACCAUCUGACAGGCUAUGAUGGCCGGGCGGUCGAUGUGUGGAGUGCGGCCGUCACUUGGCACUGUCUUGUCUUUCGCGAGAUCCCGUUUGUCCAGGCAUCAACUGAAGAUCCAAAAUACGCAGUAUUUUUGGCUCGUCGGGAAACCCAGACCUGGCAGCCUCUAUCGAAAUGCAACACGGCCGAAAAAGAGUGUCUCUAUGGCAUGCUCGAUCCAGAUCCUGAGACACGCUGGACAGUGGCUCGGUGCCUUACCUCUGACUGGGUGCGUUCCAUCGAAACCUGCGAUGCAGGACGGACGCAGAUGGGCGGACGGCACAGACACCAUGCUGUGUAACAGAAAAAGAAAAAGAAAGAAUAACUAUAAUCUAGAGUCAAG